GGCUUGUCCCCUUCCACAACGUUGAUCUCCGCAAAUUUGAGCAUACCAUGGCUCCCGAGCGCGCGACCAAGGCGAAGUCGAAGGCCGACGAUGACUUUGCUUUUGCGGCUUCGCAGCAGAGCAGCGCGAGCAGUGAUGAUGCCUUCCAAACGGCAGUCGCGGAGCAGAUCAUGGCCGCCCAAGACAAGAAGAAGAAGGAAAAGGAACGCCGCUUCCUCACGAACGCUGGGAGGCGGAUUGACGGCGAGACAGAGGCCGCCGCAGAGUCCUUCAGAACGUCCCUGGAAGAGGUCCAAACCGCCUUCAGCACCUUCGUACAAGAUUACGCACAAGUCGAGGACGAGAUUAGACGCCUUUGGACAGAAGUGGGGAAGAUCGGCGUAGGGCCCCUCGCCCAAGCCCGGCAAACCGCCAACGUCGAGGCCGACCGCGCGCGGAAGGACGCGCAAGUGGCCGGGCUGGCCGCCAUGGCGGGUGCAGGUGCGGACAUGGACGCGCUCAUCAGUCUGAUGGACGCGCCUGAGGGGCCAGGGGGAGGCGGGGAGGUUUGAGGGGGCUGGGUGGUUGAAGAUGCGCUUCUGGUCCUCCGCUCGAUUGUCUUCGCUUGCCGCUCAUUGCCUCCGCACGCUCGCUUCUUCAAUUUGUGUCCUCGCCCGGUAUCCCGACCUAUGCUCUCGCUCAGUGACUCAACUGCCAGCUGCGCUAUUCCGGACCGAGACCUCUUUGCUCUGCUGCGCUUAUUACUUUUGCUGCACGUUCUCGUUGCCUCUGCUCUGCGCUUGUAAUAGCUGUAUCUCCCUUUAAUCGCUGUGUGUACCGCUUCUCCUACUGCCUCUAGAAUUCCUUCGGCUUACUAUCGCUCGGCCUGCGUACGAAGUACUCGCUGCAUGACCGUAUCCACUGCAUUCUUGAUGUGCUCGCUGCCUGCCUUGC